UCUCGUCCUUCCCUCUUCCCCAAAGGGGCAGAAAAGAUGAUCUUUUUAGGGAAAUCGCUAAUGUAAGGAGAAGCAGACCAGAGCAUGCCAAAGCCCAAGCCAAAGUCAUAGCAACGCAAAGUUCCCUCCUUUUUUCCCUUCCACGGACGAAUAUGUUCUCGUACCCCUCCUCUCUGGGCCCUCCCUCCCCCAAAUUAGCAGCUUUCGGCUGAAAGAUAUCCCGCAUUUUCUGAGGCAGAGGAAGCAUUUUCAUCACCAGGGUCGUCUACGAAUUUCUUUUCUGCAAUUGGGUUUUGAUCCUAAACUUCUGGGUUUGCCGUAUUUGGCAGGGAAGUUCGUGAAAUUCGCAGGAUCGAAUAAGCUGAAAUUUGGUCAUCUCGGGGCCUUAAUGGGGCCUAUGUUCCCGAGGUUACAUGUUAAGGAUGCUGCCGAGAAAGGUGGGCCCAGGGCGCCUCCGAGGAACAAGAUGGCCUUAUAUGAGCAACUCAGCAUUCCGUCUCAGAGGUUUAAUCAUCGGUUGCUGCCUCUGAGCCACAACCCGGCUACUAAUGUGGUUCACCCUGUAUCAUCGAGUCAGGGAAGUGGAUGUGACAGGCAUGCUCUAUUCCCGCUUCGCUUGCCUCUUUCAGCACCCUCUCAUAUCUCCGAGAAGUUUAGGGUACAUGAAUCUGAUGCAGCAAACACCAGUUAUUCAACCUCGCAAGUGAAGGCAAGAAAGAGGGCUCGGGCCGAAGAAGACUUUGCAGUGCCGGUAUAUGUUCAGUUGAAGGCUGGUCUUGGUAGAGGUCAAAGUGGGACUAUUCGGAGUACUUCUGAUCAGUCUAUGAAGACCCUGAGUGCUUCUAAUAGAGACUUGAGACAAGAUUCUCAAAUUCCAGAGGCUCGAGAUCAGCAAACUGCUAAUUCUAACAGAUUACAAGAUGAGCUUGUGGUGGACACCGAGAAAUUAAUUGAUUCAAGGCAAAGGAACGAUUCUCUCAUGGUAGAGCAUCCCAGAAUUUGUAGUGACGAUAAUGACGAUCACUGCAACCUCUCUGGGGAGAGGACAAGGGGAUCAGAGCUCAUAGGUGGCAGAGAAGGCGAUGAUCUCUCUGACGAGUCGAUGAUCUCUGUAUCAGGAUUAGGUGUCUCUCCUGAUGAUGUUGUUGAGAUUAUGGGUCAAAAACAAUUCUGGAAGGCAAGGAGGGCACUUGUCAAUCAGCAAAGGGUGUUUGCAGUUCAAGUGUUUGAGUUGCAUAGACUGAUAAAGGUUCAGCAAUUGAUUGCUGAAUCGCCUCAUCUUCUGCUUGAAGACGUUUCUCUCAAGGUUCCUCCACAGAAUAAGCUCACCAUCAAAAUUAUACAACCUCCUAUACAAAAUCCCGACCAUAGAGAGGGCUCUGAGAAGCACACGCAUAGGAUUGAGCAGUUGGCAGAAAAUGGGGUCUCAAACAGAUCCUUCUCCACAGUAUUAAGAAGCCAUCGGACACAUGUGGGGGACACGCAUUCCAUUCCUGCAGCAACGGAUAAUAGCAAAGCGGGGUUUUGGUCCUACCAUCAACAAUCGCCUCCCAAGCAUCAGUGGCUGAUUCCUGUGAUGUCCCCUUCUGAAGGGCUCGUUUAUAAGCCCUACCCAGGUCCUGGGUGCAUGGGGCCUUACAAUGGUCAGGGCCCUAGCCCUUUUGUGAGCAGCUUUAUGGGUCCUGCUUAUGGUGUGCCUACGCAUUUCCCCACUUACGGUGCUCUGAUGAUGCGCCCCAAUUUCUCUGGUUCUUCCAUUGAGCAAAUCCACCGGUUUCACCAAUGGUCAGAGGAGAAUCCCGAUAUGAAUCUGCAACAUCAGAGCUCCUGUAAUGAACCCAAACAGAACCUUGCAGCCGGUCCUCCACCGGAGAACUUCCGGGAGAGUGAGAUUCAAUUAAGCACAGGGAGCAGCCCAGGUGAGAGGCCUAUUGAAGGAGCAGGAGGCGUGCUCCCGCUCUUCCCUAUGGCCCCACGGGAAUCGAGCGGAGGAUCCGAGCUUAACAAGAGUUCGCAACAGCCCACACGGGUCAUAAAGGUUAUCCCUCAUGACUGCAGGUCUGCCACUGAAUCGGUGGCUUGGAUCUUCCGGUCCAUACAAGAGGAGCGGAGGCUGCAUGAAUGAAUUUCUCCAAGCCAUGCUACAGGUUAGUUUAGCGUGUAUGGGUAGCUUUUUUUUUCCUUUAAUCUGCACUAUUUUCUCAGUGUAUUGUUUGGUUUUACAAAUGUAUGUGCUGGUCUGUGACAUGGAAUUGUCCUUUCUCAUUAUAGUUCAUAGGUUAGGUAAGUUGUAAAUUUGCUGAUGUAGAGGCGUUCGAUGUUUGUACCAACAUGUCCUGUCUGGGUUUAUCAGUAAAGCAUAAUUAAGUGUAAUCAUUAUACAUUGGAGUUAAAAUCUUGGCUCUUGUAUUGUAAGUUUAAGCUUAGCCUCUUUGUUAUUAU